AUGAAACUACCUAAAGCCUCACUUGAUAAUGCCAGGAUGUUGGCUAUUGGAGCUGGCAAGAUGGAAAAACUUGAUAUUGAAAUCAUCUCCAAACCCCUUUCAGAAAUGCUCACCUGUGCCGGUGAAGCUGAUGUAGUUUUCACCAGUAGUUUGUCUUUCUUGGUCCAGGGUGCCCCUGCUAGUAUUGGCCAGCUUGAGGUGUCACUACCACCAUUAGACACCCUGCACAUUGGUGCUACUUUGCUGGAGACCGGCAUUUGA